CCCGUGUAAAACGGGAGAUGUGCACUGUGUUCGCUAAGAUUCUCUUUAUCCCUCACAUCUCGUGAACCCGCAGUUAACUUCAACUUUAAGGAAGAGCUGCUGGUGCGGUGGGAAAACUGCCUGGGAGUCAGCAGACCUGAGGUGUAGCAGCGGCUUUACAGCAGAUUAGCUGCAUCACGGUUACAGACUUUCCAUGAUGUUUGGUGGUUAUGAGACUAUAGAAGCGUAUGAAGAUGACCUUUAUCGUGAAGAGUCAUCUAGUGAACUGAGUGUCGAUAGUGAGGUGGAAUUUCAGCUCUACAGCCAAGUUCAUUAUUCCCAAGAUCUUGAUAAUGUCAUCAGGGAGGAAGAACAUGAAGACAAGAACUCUGGGGAUUCUGAAUCAUCUAGUAGUAAGCCAAAUCAGAAGAACUUAAUUAUCCUUUCAGAUAGUGAGGUCAUCCAGCUGUCAGAUGGGUCAGAGGUCAUCACUUUGUCUGAUGAAGACAGUAUUUAUAAAUGUAAAAGAAAGAAUUUUAGAGUCCAAGCAAAAGGAAAGACCCGAGGUUCUCCUGCUUCUCUUCAUUCUAAUGAGUUGGAUAAUAAGAAGUGCAAGAGGGAUAUUGAGAAGCCUAAACCUGAAGAGAGAUCGGGUACAGUCCGAGAGGUUAUGAUUAUAGAGGUCAGUUCAAGUGAAGAAGAGAGCACCAUUUCAGAAAGUGACAACGUGGAAAGCUGGAUGCUGCUGGGAUGUGGAGUUGAGGAUAAAGAUGAUGAUAUCCUUCUCAAUCUUGUGGGCUGUGAUAACUCUGUUAAUGAAGGAGAAGAUGGUGUAAACUGGUUCAUCAGUGACAAAGACGUUGAGGCCCAGAUAGGUAAUAAUAGAUCGUCUGGAAGAUGGACCCACCGAUACUAUACAGCAAACAAAAACGUUACCUGUAGAAAUUGUGACAAGUGUGGCCAUUUGUCAAAAAACUGCCCCUUUCCACAAAAAGUCCGCCCCUGCUGCCUCUGCUCCGAGAGAGGACACCUCCAGUAUGCCUGUCCAGCCCGCUUCUGCUUAGACUGUUCUUUGCCUAUGUCUUCUGCUCACAGAUGUCAUGAAAGACCUUCCUGGAGAAAACGAUGUGACCGAUGUGAUAUGCUAGGCCACUAUGCUGAUGCUUGCCCAGAAAUCUGGAGACAGUAUCACCUAACGACUAAACCUGGACCACCCAAAAAGCCGAAGACCCCUUCUGGACAAUCAGCCUUAGUGUACUGCUACAACUGUGGUCAAGAAGGCCAUUAUGGACACGAAUGUACAGAAAGGCGGAUGUUUAACCAGACCUUUCCAACAUCUCCAUUCAUCUACUACUAUGAUAACAAAUAUGAAAUUCGGGAGAGAGAACACAGAAUAAAACGAAAAGUAAAAGAACUCCAGAAAAGUGGGGAUUUUCCAAGGCAGUUCAAGAGGCCAUAUAUGAAAGCAGCAAAUCAGAGGUCCCACCAUGACAUGAGGAAGAGCCAGUCCUCAAGGAGAAACACCAGGUGGCCUCAAGAAAAGAAAGAAACCCAGAAGGAAGCAGUGAGCAGGAGCAACAGGGAGCGUGAAAAGCACAGGAAGGCUGACAGGUGUCACGACGAGGAUGAGGACUUUCCCAGGGGCCCCCGAGCCCACUCUUCCCCUGGCACCUUCAAAUCCCAGAAGCCUCACAAGUCCUUACACCACUCACAUCAGCACAGGCCAAGAGAAGACAAGCCGCCCAAAGAGGGCAGGCGGGGCAAGCAUAGGAAAAAGGCGAGCUACGCGGAGGACGACGGUGACAAUUUGUUCCUGAUUAAGCAGAGGACAAAGAAGUCUAAGCUGUGAGCCGCGUCUGAUUUGGCUUCCAGCGUUCGCCUGGUCUUUGUGCCUACAGCAUUGUGGCACUCUUUUUAUUUUCUAAGAUUAAUUAAAGUGAGCUUUUCUGGUGUGUGUUUUUUUUUAAUCUCAGCCAUACCUAGAACAAAGAUCUUGGAGAUCUGUCCUCUGUGUCCAACAGGUGGUUAUUAGGUAAGAAAAUAGAAAGAUAGGCUCAGACUUUCCCUGUUCCAGCCAGUCAUUCUUACUCAGAAUCCUACAGGUAGGAAGAAUUAAUGUUUUCAAGAGAAUUUUUAAAAAUACUUUGAAAAAAUAAAAGACUAUCAAAUGUAAUUCAUCUGCAGUGUAAGUAUGUAAAUCCUUGCAGGAAGAGAAAUUAAUACUAAUAUGAAAAAUUCAUUCAUCUUUUUCAUCAUUACUCUUUUCUUAAUGUUGGAAAGGAUAACAGCUAUAAAUCUAAGUUUUUCUUGCUUCUGGAGCUGGUGUCAGUAUCUUCCUUUGGUCAGAGCAUCACUGGCUGAAAAAUGAAGGUGCUGUCACUGAAGCCCUGGAGAGGCAGGGAAUUGGACUGUUACGAAAUACAAGCAAGGAGUCCGUCCAGUGUAAACGUCAUGAAAGAGGUUUCCUGAAACAAAUGAAGAAGAGUCAUCAGAAAUUUUGAGGUAGUCACAAUGAAAUCAUCUUUACAGCCACACUUUAAGACCGUCACUGAGCUAUGUAGAGAUAAAUAUUGCCCAACUUUAAAAAAUUGCUUUGUUUUCAUGGGUUUUUUAACCAUAUAUCUAUACAGAAAUUUUUGUACUUGUGAACCUUUUGUACUUAUCAAACCCUAAUGUUAGAAUUAGAAAAAUAAAAUGUCUGAAAUAGAGUAAA